AUGCAAAGUGAAAAUAACGAAUGUCCUCAAAAAUGUGACUGUUUAGAGCAAUAUGUAGACUGCUCAAAGAAAAAUUUGGUGUUAGUGCCAAGAAUUCCAAAGUGGGUGGAACAAUUAGACCUAAGUUAUAAUAAAUUGAGUAAAGAUGUGAGCGACGGUUUCAAAGAAUUAUCGUUUUUAAAAAUUUUAAAGCUGGAUAAGAAUGUCUUGGGUCGUAUUCCUGACUUUCAACAUCAUAAUGAAUUGCAAGAAGUAAGCCUAAAUAGAAAUAGUAUCAAUGCUAUAGAUACAGGCCAUUUUCCAGUUAAUAGUUCAAUCAAAUCCUUGAGCUUAAACAGCAACCACAUUAGAUUAAUUGAAGAUGGAGCCCUUAAUAAUUUAACAAAUUUAAUGAUAUUAAAACUGAAUAGAAAUGAAUUAACAUCUCUACCUAACCAUUUGUUUAUGCACCAGUCCAACCUGAAAGUGUUAGAACUUAACCACAACAACCUUCAUAGUUUAAAUGGUCUUCUAUUUCAAGGCCUCUCCAGUUUAACUACUUUAAAAAUCAAAUAUAAUAAUAUUGAAAACAUUAUGGAUGGAGCAUUUUUUGGAUUUAAAUCUGUUAACCUUUUGCAAUUAGAUCAUAACAAGAUCAAAAAUAUAUCUAAAGGUUGGAUGUAUGGACUAGAGUCUUUGACAAUUUUAUCGUUGUCGAACAAUUUUAUUUCACAAAAUAUUGAUUCUGGUAGCUGGGAAUUAUGCACUAAUUUAGAAGAUUUAGAUUUGUCUCAUAAUCAUCUAAUGGAAGUAGAGGGUAGAACGUUUCAACAUUUAACUAAUUUGCACACACUUAAUUUGAGCAAUAAUAAUAUAUCUGCUAUUUCACAAGAAGCUUUUAGUCACAUGGUUCAGUUACAAACACUACAUUUAAAUAAUAACAAGGUAUCUUGGACAGUUGAAGAUAUGUCUGGCCCAUUUUCUAAAUUGCAAAACCUUAUGAUCUUCAAUUUAUCAGCAAAUCACAUCAAAUCCAUCAGUUCUAGAGCCUUUGAAGGUCUUUCAAAUUUAAUUGAAUUAGACUUGAGAGCAAAUAACAUCACUUCAAUACAACAACAUGCAUUUGACUCAUUGACUAAAAUACGUAAACUUUAUAUGAAUUCUUCAUCAUUAUUAUGUGAUUGCAAUUUACUAUGGAUGGUUAAAUGGAUAAGAGAGAAAGCAGGGCAAAAAUUUGUAACAGCAACAUGUGCUUAUCCAUCUGAAAUACGAGGUGUGACUAUUUCAAGACUUAAAGAAGAUAAUUGUGGAGACUCUCCAAAACCAAAAAUUACAGAACAUCCAAAAUCUCAUCUGGCUAUAAAAAAUAGAUUAGCAAAUUUAGUGUGUUCUGCUACAUCCAAUCCUUUCAGUAAUAUGACAUUUGUAUGGCGAAAAAAUAAUGGCAAUGUCAGUAAUCCAACAGUGUAUGAAAAUGUAACAAUAACUGAAAAUGGUAAACCACAUGCAACUUCAGUUCUGGUUAUACCAGAUGUGUCUCAUUCAGAUUCUGGUAAAUACCAAUGUGUGGUUAGUAACAAAUUUGGGACGACAUACUCUUCAAAGGCAAAAGUUAAUAUAGUAACGUUCCCUCGUUUUAUAAAAACACCUACUAAUGUAACUGUAAAAACUGGGGAAACAGUUACCCUAAACUGUGCUGCCACAGGAGAUCCACCACCAGAGAUUUCAUGGAAAAAAGAUGGUGGCAAUGAUUUUCCAGCUGCACGAGAGAGACGCAUGAAUGUUAUGCCAACUGAUCAUCUAUUUUUUAUUGUCAAUGCAAAAACUACAGAUAUGGGAAUAUAUAGCUGUGCUGCAAAAAAUCCAGCUGGUACUAUAAUAUCAAAUGCUACUCUUACUGUAUUGCAGGAGCCCUCAUUUAUUAGAGUUCUAGAAAAUAAAGAAGUGACAAGUGGAGAUUCAGUUGUUUUACAAUGUAUGAUUACAGGUUCACCAAAGCCAGUAUUGAAAUGGUUAAAGAAUGGAAGUCCAAUUGUUCCUACUGAACGCCACUUCUUUACAGCUGAUGAUCAGUUAUUAGUUAUUAUAGGUUCAGAAGCUAAUGAUGCAGGUCAAUAUGAAUGUGAAAUUACAAAUGAACUUGGAACAAAAAAGGACAUGAUUGAACUAAAAGUAUUACCACCUGUAGCGAUACUAGUGAAAGAAGAGGAUAUGACAGGAAUAAUAAUAAUAACAGUUGUGUGUUGUGCAGUGGGGACUUCCAUAAUAUGGGUGGUAAUUAUAUAUCACACUAGGCGACGCAUGGCUGGACCUGUGCAUAAUUAUCCUGCAGAAAGUGUGAAAAUGACUCAAGUAGUACACAGUGACAGUGAUUCUCCUCACAUGUUCCCGGACAAUUUAUCUGAACAUUCAUCAUGCAAAGAUAGUGGAACAGGUGACUCUGCCAAACAAACGAGUUUUGAUGGUGUGCCCACCGAUAGAAGUGAGCAAGUUCAUUUUGAAACAGCAGUUUGUCAAAGUUACUCACCAGUGCCAGAAGCUCAUAAGCUUCUUCCUUCAUCUUUUAAGCCGUCUAUACAAGUGUGUGUGAAUAAUUGUGUCACACCUGCUACUUAUAGUUUUUCUAGUCACAGUAGUAAUGUU